AUGACGCAGCAGGGCUGGUCGGAGGGCCAGGCGCUUGGGGCGCGCAAUGCCUCAACCACGUCCUCGUCCUCGCGCUCGGGGCCCCGUUCCGGCCUGGCCACCGAUACGGAACGUCUCGCGGCUGCAAGGGUCGGGGUUCUCUUCAAGGACGAUAAUCUCGGCCUUGGCGCCACGAGGAAUUCGAGUCAUAAUGUCGAGGCGCAGAGGACGGGGUUUGACGCCUUCCAGGGGUUGUUGGGGAGGUUGAAUGGCAAGGCGGAGGCAGUGCAGAAAGAGGAGGGCAAGAAAAGAGAGGAGAAGAGGUUGGAGAUGUUCUUUCGGGGACGGUGGGGCGGGAUGGUUUUUGUAAAUGGUGGGGUUUUGGUUGGGAGUCAGGAUCAGGAUCAGAAUCAGAGUGAGAAUGAGCCUGAGAAUAAAGGAACUGAAGAGCUAGAAAAGAGAGGCCAGGACGCCGCACAGGAUGCGCAAGGCGUUGAUGGGGAGGUCUCUACGCCGAGCCAGGACCGCGAUCACGAUCGCGAGGAACGACGACGACUCAAGGCCGCGAAGAAGCAACGGAAAGAAGACAAGCGGAGACGGAAGGAAGAGAAGGCCCAAAGGAAGGCAGCGAGGCGAGAAGCCAAAGGCCGUGACAACGCAGCGUUGUCUGUGCAUAAGUCUCCGAUAUCGCCGGAUGAGCCCGUCUCAUCUGCUGCCUCAGAAGAUGAGGUCGCGAUCACGUCGAAGGUGCACAAGAAGAAGCGGAAACUCAAGCCAGAGCAGCAAGUCAAUAUGACUGGGAAUGGCGUGGUCGUCGAAUCCGAGACCUUGACGUCCGGGCAGAGUUCCCCAAGAGUACCUGUGCUGGCCCUGAAGAACGGGCGACAUCUGCUCCGGGGGCGGAACAUCCAGGCUAAGAAAAUGAUACUCGCGGACACGAAAGGGUUGGAUCAGAUCUUUAUGAGGUGA